AGAGACAGGGAGAGAGAAGAAGGGACAAGGCGUUAGGUCGGGUCCGGCACAGCCUACAUUGUGCACCCACCUCCCACCGCCCCCAGCCCAGCAUCCUGGUCACCUUGCACCGCACACACAUGCACCCACGCAUCCCAAGGCUUCCAGGCCACUAGGAUGCGGCUGGAGGGAGGACGAGGGGGUCCCCCCGCUGCCAGCCCGUCCCCAGCAAGGCGCCCAGCACAGCAGUGUGGCCUUUGUUCCCGCGUCCCCAAGCCAUGGCCAGCACAAUGGGAAAAACUCCGCUUCCCCUUCAGCUAACAGCCGAGCACAAUGGCCGGGGAGCCGGCAACCACGGCCCUCGCUGCCACCCCCCACCAUCCUGCCACGGACAGACGGGACACCGCCAGACAGGAGCUCAGCCACGGACAGACAGACACGAGCCCUGCCACAGAGAGACAGGCACCUGCCAGUCAGGAGCCCUGCCAUGGACAGAUGGACACCUGCCGGACAGAAGCCCUGCCAUGAACAGACAGACACAUGCCAGACAGGAUUUCUGCCACAGAGAGACAGGCACCCGCCAGACAGCAGCCCUGCCAUGGACAGACAGACACCCAGCAGAUAGGAGCCCAGUCAGCGGAUGGGUUCAGGAGGGCAUCUGGGGGUAAACUGAGGCAGGGAGUGGACUGGCUGUGUUUGGGGCCACCAGACCCAGGAGCUGCUUGGGACACAAGGGACAUCACCCCACUGCCACCCGGCCACAAAGAACAACGUUGUCCCCAACAGAGCAGCGGGGACCUCUCAGCUUGUCACAGGGGAGGAGGGAUGAGUCCCACCAGGCUCAAUCCUAAACGCAACAAAGUGAUAAACAAUGGACAAGACCUCUUCAAAGCCACCUCCAGAAAAGGUCAAUGGCCCCAGGACUCUGCCAUCCUCUGGAAGGAGAGACAUCUCCCAGCUGGAUGGGGUGGGAAGCCCACACAACGUUCAUGAGGCCAUGUAUAACCACAACAUCUCUCAAUGCCAGAAGCCUCCAGAUAAGGCAAGCCACGCUGGCCAACAGGCAAGGGCCACACAGCCACCAAGAGGACAUGCCUCAGAGAGCCCUUUGGUUCCCACAUCUCCCACAAGCAAAGGACAUCAACGGGAAACAAGGCCCAGUCAGCCCCAGAACCAGCUCCCACUGUCAAGCCUGUGUGCAGGGCUUGGGUACCCCAUGUAUUGUCCAAAGAGUCACCUAAUGCCAAGCAGGAGCCAGCAGGCUUUGAUCCGGUCAUUCUCUUGGAUCACCCACCAAGCCUCAGUACAGGGCAGUACAGGCACCAACCUCUGCGGGAGGAACCCCAGCGUGCUCACUUCCACAGGCACCAUGACCCAAACAUGGGGCUGGAGCAAGGGGACAGGGUGGAAGGUGAGAAUGGUCAAGAGAUGGUGGUGUCCAGCCAGGCUGCUGACAGAUCACACUUUCUCCUGCUUCCAGCCUGUGUCGGGUCCUUGGAGCAAACCAGGCUGGGACAGUCAGAGAGCUGCAGGCUCACCACUUCCCCAGAGGUCUCUUCAAUCAGGCAUCCAAGGAAGACACGAGUGUUCCCCAGCAAUGAUGCAGAGGGCUUGUGGCACAGCAUGUCACCCAGGCUGCAUCCCACCCAAGGCGCCAGAUGGAGAAUCAGCAGGGCAGAGCAUGGUGGAUUCAGCAGUAAGGGCCACCUACUCAGAUACAUCAUCCCAGGAGAGAGGAACAAGGGGAAAGGGGCUCCUAAUGGGUCUGGAAUGAGAUGUCCAAUACAGGUCACCUCUGCCCCUUCAUUGUAAAAGGAAGAUGGACAACCACCUCUAAUGUGGGUGCCCAGAUUAAAACCCCCUCAUCCCCACAAGUCACCGAACAGUUUAGGUUGGAAGGGACCUCAAAUUCCAAUGCCCUGUCAUGGACAGAGACACCUUCCACUGGAUCAGAUUGCUUCAAGCCCUGUCCAACCUGGCCUUGAACACCUCCAGGGAUAGGGCAGCCACCACUGCUCUGGGCAACCUGGGCCAGGGCCUUACCACACUCAUUAUAGAACAUGUCAUCCUCAUGUCCAGCUUAACCCUGCCCUGAUUCAGUUUAAAACCAUUGCCCCUUCUCCUGUCACAACAUGCCCUGGAGACUCAUGAGGGUGGUGGUGAUCCUCACACCAGAACUAGCUGGGCACCAACACACUUCACCAAGGCCUCUCCAGAUGGAAGGGCAACUCUGUCUCCUGACUAUUCAUAGACUUCAUGUGCCAACGGGUCUUGAGACAAGCCUAGGGUGCCCUGUACAGGGCUGGCCACCAGUUCCCAACAACAUUAUCUGGGUUGCCAGGGCUGGCAGAGCCCAGAGGAGCCUGGUCAGUGCAGGACAUACUGCUGCUUGCUCCAAACCAUCCAACCUGCCUCACUGGCCUUAAAGCCUCAAACGGCCACCACCGCACUGGGACACCAGUGGCUACCGGUUAUUCAAGCUCUAUAGAUGAGCAGAUAAAGCUUAAACAGUGGCAGAGGGAUUCAGCCCAUCUUUUAUGCUGCCAUAAAGGUUUAAUUCUGGGGUUUUUUUAGUGCUUGAUUUUAGUCAAUGUUUAAUCAGAGCUGUGGCCCCAGUCUGGGUUUCUCAAAGGACACCUCUUUGGAUGCACAGCACUGGCAGAGCAGCCUCACUGCCACAGCUCUUCUCCCCAGGUGCCUGCAGUGGCAUGAUGCUUCACAAAGCCCUGUGAAUUGUUCAGCCCCUCACAAGGGCCAGUAAAUGCCCCCCUCCUGUCCUGGUAUCAGCACUAUGGUGGGACUUCAUCCCAGCAGGACCAGCAGACCAUGGAGCUGCUGAGCUCUGCAUUUGGCCACCACCACUUCCAGACAGGUCUUCACAACAAGGCAAGUGCAGUGGUUGCCCUAGCGUUGGCCCAACACAACGCACUGUCGAGGCUGGUUGAUGUACGGUGAGGUAUAACAACCCUGCCA